ACAAAUAAAAGUUUUGAAAGCAAUCUAUCUUAAUUAAAAUGGAAAGUGAAGAAGAUUUAGCUAGUACCUUAUCACACGAUGAGUUACUGGAAAUCACGCAGUCUUCUCUAGCAACCUUACUUAGUAAAGACUCGUUCUUGAAAGAUCUUCCUAACGAUAUUAUUAUUGAAGAAAUUUUGUCACAGAUAGCUGUAGAACAUGGGCAAUCAAUCACAAUUUUUAUAUCAAGAGAAAGUGAGCCAACCUUAAAAGUUAUUAUACGUCAAGACGCUAAGGUUAGAGAUUUGAAAAAAGCAAUUCAGAGGCAUUUCGAAUUAUAUCAGAAGAGAGCUGGGAUCAAAACUAAGAUUUCAUGGAAAUAUAUUUGGAAGACUUAUAAUUUGAACUUUGAUAGCAUAGCUUUAGAUGAUAAUAAUGCUAACAUACAAGACUAUGGUGUUACAAAUAAAGUAACGUUAAUAUUUAAAAAGAGGAAGAAACAAAAAAAGAUUGUUUAAGUGAGUGAGUGUCACUCGUCAUGGGAGUGAGGUUGCCAGAUGCCCAAUUACCCUCCCCUUCCCUAAUCUACACAAUUCCUGAAUCCCCAACAAUCCUCAAACUCCUAAUCCCCAA